AUGGAGAAUGUAAAUAAAAUCAAAAUCAAUAUAGUUAUAGAAUUCAAAUCAUUAUCAUCAAAAAAUACCCACAUUUGCUGGUUUACCUUAGGAAAAUGAAAUAAUUCUAUAUGAAUAGAACAAUCAAAAUAUGAUGGCUAUUUGGAAAGUUAAUUGUAUAUAAUGCAAUUAAUUGAUGGAGAAUCGAUUAUUCUUAAUCAAUCUAAAUCUUUAAUACCUAUUUCAACUAAGAUUUAAUCAAUAAUAAAUCAAACAAAUCCUUUUAUAAUAUACGCCUAAUAUUAUCAAAAUUAUUCAAUCAUUUCACUUUUAUUAGCUCAAUUUCAAAAUUUAAGUUUCUUGA